CAACCUCGUACAACUAACCAUCCCAAUGUUUCUUCGAAAUCGUCAACUGCUACUGUCAUUUAUGAGUCCAUCAAAAGUGCCACUUUUGUUGUGCAAUGAGUGUUGAGUGGUGAAUGUACACCAUUUUCAUUGCGAGAGCCGGAUUCCUAAAUGCUGCUUCGGAUUACGCGCUGGAAUUGUCUGAUUAUAUACGAUCUGCAACAGACGCAUUGCGGACUCACAAUCAUAACACGUUUAGUACGGGUGCAUUCAUGGCUGCAGAAGAAGUGAUGACUGCAAGAUGGCUGUGAGCUUGGCCGCGAAUCCUACAUAACCUGCUGAACCAGUCCGACUUUUCCAUAAUCCAUCAACCUGGGUCACAGCCCCAAACUGGGUUCUUUUUUGCUGUACCCCCAAGGGCUGCAAUUACACUUGUCCGCCUCUCGAUUGCGAAGGAUUCUUCGGAAAUAGUUUCCACUAGCCACCCCUGGCCUGGCCUGGCUCUCUGCGUUGUGCGCUGUUUCAGCCGUAUAUAGCUCUUUCAUUCUAUGAUGACCCACCCGAUAUGCGUGGAAUGUUGUGGAUUGAGGUGUUGUCGAGGACAUCAGUUCCGGAUGUGCGGUGAAGGACAGUCUCAGCUUGUGAUUUUUGAGACUGUUUAAUCUGCUCCGGAGAUGGAGAUGCAUUGAAUCACCAGUGCAUGGUGUAAUAACAGAAUCUUCUGUGUAAAACACAAUAUUGAUUUACGAAACUCCCUUAUCAGCUUUGCUACGGGAUAUGUCCCUUUUAUAAAGCUCAUGCUCAUACCAUCGGCUUGAGUGUUAUUUUUAAUCUUCAACAAUCUUCAUGAAUCCAAUAUCAACAUGGAAUCGAUUAUCCAAUUGGAGAGUUCUCCAAUUAAUUUCACGCAGAAGAAAAAUCUUGUUCCUCUCAUAUCGCAACAACCCGGGCACGUUGAAAAGGGCGUGCCGAGAACGCAUUAUAUUCCCCUCCCACCGCCGUCGAAAGAACCAACUCAGGUCCUUGAUAUAGAUAAGGAGACUCCCGACAAACACGUCCCUAGAGAUCCACGCCUUAUUAGGCUUACUGGUGUUCACCCCUUUAAUGUUGAACCACCGUUAACUACCCUAUAUGAGGAAGGGUUUCUUACUUCUCCAGAACUCUUUUACGUGAGAAAUCAUGGAUAUGUUCCUGAGGUUCAUCAGGAGGACAUUCCCGAUUGGAAACUCAGCAUCGAAGGCCUAGUAGAAAGCCCAAUAGUAUUGAAUUUCACUCAAAUUUUGACCGAAUUUGAACAAAUCACGGCACCCAUUACUCUGGUAUGUGCCGGAAACAGACGCAAGGAACAGAACCAGGUGAGAAAAUCAAAAGGCUUUUCGUGGGGGGCUGCUGGAGUAUCGACAGCCCUGUUUACAGGCCCAUUGAUGUCUUCCAUCUUACUAAAGGCGAAGCUGCUUCAAAGUGCAAGAUAUGUGUGUAUGGAGGGAGUAGAUAAACUGCCCAACGGAUUCUACGGUACAUCUGUCAAAUUAAAUUGGGUGAUGGACCCUAACAAGCGAAUAAUGCUGGCACAUAAAAUGAACGGCGAGCCACUUCGGCCAGACCAUGGUCGGCCACUCCGAGCUAUUGUUCCAGGUCAAAUUGGUGGACGGAGUGUUAAAUGGUUGACGAAGCUAAUCAUAUCCGAUAUCCCAAGUGACAAUUGGUAUCAUCUAUACGAUAAUCGAGUUUUGCCUACCAUGAUAUCUCCGGAAAUAUCCACGAACGAGCCAAAAUGGUGGCACGAUGAGCGGUACGCAAUAUAUGAUCUUAACGUCAACUCCGCUGUCGUGUAUCCUGAACACGACGAGACAAUUGUAGUAUCCAGCUCUUCCAUGUAUAACGUCAAGGGCUACGCCUAUGGUGGAGGUGGCCGCAGGAUUACAAGAGUCGAAAUAUCCCUAGAUAAGGGGAAGACUUGGAGGCUGGCAAAUAUAGAAUACCCCGAGGACAAGUAUCGUGAAGUUGACCAGUACUUGUACGGCGGCAAAAUCGACAUGUCAUGGCAGGAAACCUGCUUUUGUUGGUGUUUUUGGGCCCUAACUAUAUCGACAACCGAACUGAAAAAUAGUGACGCGAUUCUGGUACGUGCAAUGGAUGAGGCAUUGAAUAUCCAGCCUCGCGAUAUGUACUGGUCUGUUCUUGGUAUGAUGAAUAACCCUUGGUUCCGUGUUACUAUCACCAAAACGGAUGGCUACUUGAGGUUUGAGCACCCGACUCAACCCGCUCUGAUUCCUGGUGGCUGGAUGGAGCGCGUCAAGAAAAAUGGCGGGGAUUUGGCGAAUGGAAAUUGGGGAGCUGUAUUAGAAGGCAGUGAAAACAUAGCAGCGAUGGAAGCCCCUAAAAUCAACCUGAAGAAGCCUGACCUGGACAUUACUAUAAGUUUAGAGAGGUUUAAAAGUCAUAAAACUGGGCCUGAGCCAUGGUUUGCACUUGAGGGCGAGGUUUAUGAUGGUACCGCCUUCUUGAACGAACAUCCAGGAGGGGCACAGAGCAUUCUGUCUGCCGCUGGUCUUGAUGUGACGGGGGAGUUCAUGGCUAUUCAUAGCGAAACCGCGAAGGGGAUGAUGAGGGAUUAUCACAUCGGAAGCCUCGACAUAUCAUCUCAAGAGGCCCUACAGAAUGAUAUCGACGUCGAGUCGUUGUCACCCUCUCGUGAAGUAUUUCUGGAUUCGAAACUCUGGGCACCGUCAUCCCUAAGCAGCAAAACAGUGAUAUCACCAGACUCCCGCCUCUUUACCUUUAAGCUCACUCACGAUUCCCAAUGCCUCGGUCUUCCCGUCGGAAAGCAUGUCAUGCUCAAAAUUAGCGACCCAUCCACCGACGAGACCAUAAUCAGAGCCUACACCCCCGUCUCCAAACAAACUGCUGUAGGCACCAUAGACAUCCUAAUAAAAUUGUAUGCUCCCACUCCUGAUUACCCAAACGGUGGUAAAAUGACCAUGGCAAUGGACAAACUCCCACUAGGAGCCAUGGUAAAGUUCAAAGGGCCCGUCGGGAAAUUUGAGUACCUAGGGAAAGGUGCGGUGCUCCUAAACGGGGAAAAGCGUUAUGUACAAUCGUUCCAUAUGAUUUGCGCUGGAAGCGGUAUCACCCCUAUCUUCCAAGUACUCCGCACUGUGAUGGAGGACACAGAGGACCACACCUCAUGUGUGGUCGUGGAUGGCAAUCGGACUGAAGCUGAUAUACUCUGCCACGCUGAGCUGGAUGAAUUUGUGGCACAGGAUUCGAAUGGCAGGUGUCGCAUAGUGCAUACUCUGACCCAGCCGUCGGCAACCUGGACAGGGCGCAAAGGUCGGAUUUCGGAAGAUUUGCUCUUGGAGUAUGUUCCCGUUGGUAGGAAGAGGGGUGUUAAAAGCCUAGUGCUUGUUUGCGGGCCUGAAGCGUUGGAAGUUGCCGUCAAAAACGUACUGUUACGUAUGGGCUGGGAUAAGGAUGAUUUGGUCUUUUUCUGAGGCGACAUAUGGGAGUGACUUUCAUAGAUUUCAUGCGGGGUGAAGGGGAAUAUAUGGCUGUAUCGAUUUACCGUUUAUAUAUUCAGCUUCCAUUUUCGGGCACUUCAAGCACAAAAUGCAGCUUCGCUGCUAUGGGGGGAGGGUGACUUUGCAACACACGUGCUCUCUUCAUAAAUCGAAUCUCAAUCACAUGUUCUUCGCUAAAAUUUCAAUUGAAGACAAAAAGAGCGUCCUGCACUCAAUAAUAAAAGCUCAAACGCACAAAUAGGCUAGCGAAAACGGGGAAUAGAUAUCCAAAGCCACAACAUUGAAGAGAGGCACCUAAUAUGGACAGCAUGUGCAAUUCUAUACACUUUCCAAUCAGGAAAAUGGCAAAUAUUUCUCUAUCCUUUAGUCCCACCACUCCUCACCUUUCUAAAGCAUGCAAACUCCCCGCGAGUCGCUUCCCGCAACCGCUUCAAAACCCCUCGCAUCUCCCCCAGCUCAGCCUGUAACCUAGCCCUGGCCUCGUUAUUUGUUCGACGAUCAAGUUCCAAGUAUAUCUGGCUCUGUAUUUUUGACGCCUCCUCUGUCGCGUACUGUGAGAGUGUUUGUGCAAUGAACUCCGUAUCCAGGGUUGCUUGCAUGAGAGCCGGGAGCGAAUACUUAGGACGCUGAAUGAAGGCGUUCAAAAGCGAUGAGGAAAUCUGUGUUAGGAGGUGGGAGAGUAUUGCGUUUGUGAGGGACGAUGCGGGUGUGCUUGGUGGACUUUGAGUUGGUGUUGGGAGAGUUGUGGUCACUUCUGUAUGCACCAGGACGAGGUUUAACAUUGUUGUAUAUACAUAAGGGCGAACUUGAUCGGGUCGACUCGUUAGGGGAACCCAAUCCGGAGCUGCGAUCCCAUCGAGGAUAGUCGAAUUUAACGUUGCGGUCAUCGGCCGGGUGUACGAUUGGAAUAGGCGGGCGUCAAUUUGACCAAGGACAUCGCGGAUUGUUUUAGACUCCUCGGUUAAUUUAACGGAGAAUGCAGUUUCGAAAUUGGACACCAAUUGAGGGACGUAGUCAGCGCGGAGAGCUUUGAGGUUGGAGAGCGUGAGGAGCAUGCGAACGUUCUGAGAAAAGAGCAGUGAGUAAGAAAAUCAAAUAUGGCUGUUGUUUGGAGUACAAAGGACUCACCCUAUUUUUGGAAUCAAUGCCGCCUGAAGGGGGGAUCGAUGACGAGAUAUCCAAUCCACCAAUGCGAACGACGGGACCGACAAGAAUCCAUUCAUUUUCUCCUUCAGUCGUAACUAGAUGCUCCGCAUUUUCAACAAGCCCGCUUAAUGCCUUAUACACGCUAGUUACAAACUGGGACCGGACCAUCUGAAGGAGUUUCGCAGGUGGGGGGGUGACAACAUCGACGACCCCAGGUUUCGUCAUGGCCUCAGAUAUAUACAAUAUCUUUUGCAUUCCGGAAAGAACUGCGCUUUCGAAUGCUACGAAAAGUCCGGGCAUCUUAGUCAUGUCCUUACGUUCAAAGUCUCUAGUCCAAUCCUCCAGAUAUUUCACGCUCUCGGCAUCUUUAUUCCAAGCUGCGCAUAUAGCACGGACCGAUCGUUCUCGUGUGCCGCUGACAAGAAGCUUUAGUUUAUCGUAGGUACUACUACUGCUUGAUAUUGGGCUCAUUGCAGCUAUCUGGCUAGCAGCUGUUCCGAUUAAGAUUAAGAAUUGGCUGAGAUAGUGGACACCACUAAGAGAGUUCGCAUAUGGAGGCCAGAAGGCGAAAUCCUCCCAUGCUUCUCCUCUUCUAGGCGAAGGUGGGGGAAUGUCCUUAGGAUCUAUCCUGAAACGAGAGUCGGUGGGGGUUAAGCCAGUUAGGGGGGUGUUGGGAGUUGUCGGGAGAGGUGAAAGUAGCAGAGACACGUCCUCGAUAGGCGGAUCGGCAAAUAUCGAUACAGCGUUUUCGCGGAUGAGAUUUACAAGUUCAACCACACCAUCUUUCAGAUCACUUACUCCUCCCGAAGACAGUCGAUGGUGUUUUCGGCUUUCACCCUCGAAUCCUGCUGGAAGGAGCUUUUGUUUACUGCCAUCGAUGAAAGAUUGUGUAGUGUCCCAAAACUCGAUGACCUCUCCAAGGAUGCCGCCGUCAACUGAUAGUAGCUUUUUCAGAUAUGUGUGCACACAUUCCCAUAGUUCGAUAACGGGCUCAGUAUCGAGGGUGUCUGUGCCAUUUGUUACGCUAUCACGGUUAGAGAUGUGAAUAUACGGCGCAACGGCUUGUGGCGUCGGUUUCUCCCUGUUGGCUAGACGUCGCCGAAGAAUUUCAAUUUCGACUUUCGACCGCUCACAGAACGCAAUAAUCUUGGUUUUCAAAUAAUCAUAACGUCCGAGGAGCCAGACCCAGACCGGGUUAUCGUCAACGCCGAGUUCAAGUAGUGUUGCAAUUAGUUCCAUGUGCUCUUCGAUGGGGCCAUCGACGCUCAUCGUAGGGAUAUUUGCCUGAACAGUGCUCAAACGUCGCCACAAGUCCCGCUUGAAAAUUUGUAUUUGCUUUUCAACGUCCAUCCACAUUCUUCCCGUAGCAAGGAUUAGGUGAACUUGUUCGUCGGUUAAAGGGCGCUGCGUUGUUGCAGCCCGGUCAGCAAUGAGCUUUGCAUCUAUCGCAUAUCUUCUGGCACGUGUAUAUUGGUCAACAACUGCUUCGCAAUCGCGCUGUUUGAUCGAUCGCGCGAGAUUAUAUCCGAUAUCAUAUAUCUCUCGGUGUUUUGCCAUAGCUUCAAUAACGGCUUUCAAACCCUCUUCUCGCUGUCGACCCCCAAGUGCUGCGCCCCACACCUCUUCCGCUUUCCCGGAAGCUUCCACUAAAGGCACGCGUAUGCCCUUAACACCAUAUUCACUUUCUUUCGUAAGGGAGUUUUUCUGUGGAACUGGGCGUUCAGAGCUUCCGGGAGCGGCUGUGGCUCCCGUGCUGUAUCUUUUGAUGUGAGAAAGUCUUCCUUGAGGCAGGGCAUCUGGUUGCGUGCCUUGGUUUCGCAUUUCCGUAUAUACGUUGUCGAUGGUUGCCUUUGCUCGGACGAAGCGCUCAAAAUUCGAUUCAACUAAAACCUUCAAAGAUGCAGAUUUCUUGUCGA